AUGCGUCACAGUGCAUUAGCUGGUUCUUUUGCUGCUCUUGCCGGUCUAUUGGGUAAACUUGGAGCCGAUGGGGAAUCGAGUCCACUGGAGCUUUUCAAGCUACAGUGUCAGUCGUCGUCGCUGAUUGAGUCGUGCAGUUUAUUGAGUUCAUUCGUGCGCGUCUUUUGUCUGGUUCUAAUGCUUUGUGCCAAUAGCCUAAUGGUCGGCUGCUUCGUCAAGGGCAUUCAUGAGACGGAUUCGCUCACAGCAACUGUCACGAGUGCAGCGGUAAAUUUUAUGCUCUCGGCUGCUGGUGGUUUAGUGUUCUUCCAGGAAAAUCUAUCACCUCGGUGGUUCCUAGGAGCAUUUGUGAUUCUUGUGGGAAUGACGCUUUUAUUGCAUGGAAACGCCCCUGUAUCUGAGAAGAACAACAAUAAGACAAAGGAAGAAUAG